UCACAACCGAUCGAACGGAUUUUUUGCGGUCGUAGUGAUUUCUUUCUACCAUUCAAGAAUUGAAGUUUGUUACCUCAUCGAGGACCCAGUGUUCUUGUUACCGUCAGCACGUAGGGCUACGUAUUUCAACUCAAGCUGUUCCGCUUUGAUCCACAUUAUAAGUACGGGAACAAGAAAACCGGACGUUUUGUCAUUGAUUCUGUGGCCUUCUUGGUUUCAGCGCUAAACAUCACGACGUUUCGUUCACCGUCGUAAAUCACAGCCAGGGAAACGAGAGACAAAUUAUGUCACUAAUGAAGAUGAUGGAUUUUGGAAGAAAUUUCUUGAUGAUACAUUUGACCUGGGUUCUUAUAAACCUGGCUGGAAUAAGCUCAGCUUCGAGCA